ACAAUGUAUGAGUAUAAGAUAGAAAUUAUUUCUCAAGUUGCCUCCCUAUAGCUAGCGGUCGCAUUAUAAAUACAGCGCCUCGGCACCACCCAGCACCCAUCCUCGCACAGCCACCAGCCAACACGCCGCUUGCAGCUCCAACUCUCUCACACUCACCUCCCUCUUCCGGUCGUACAGCUUCUCCUCUUGCUCUUGGACAACACAGCACGGUUCAACUGUUUAAGGCAGGCAGAGAUGAGGCGUUGCAGCAGUACCUCUUCGCCGCUCGCGGCUCUUGCCCUGCUCCUCCUCGUCUGCGUCUUCCACUGCGCGGCAGCGGCUCGCCUCCUGCAUGCUGUUCCUCCUCUUGUUCACCAAGAGCAUGGUGUCAAUGCAGCUGCAGAUGGUCUCGUGCUUCAGGAAGGUGCCGCGGGCAAUGACGAUGAGCUCUCAGCCUCCGAGAUGACGGGAGCAGAGGUGGAGGAGGUUUGUGAGGAGGGGAACGACGAGUGCAUGCAGCGGCGGCUGCUCCGGGACGCGCACCUCGACUACAUCUACACGCAGCACAAGGGCAAGCCUUGAGGAGGAACACUUCUUCUCAAUCGGUUGCCUUGCCGGUUGGGUUGGUUUGGAUGCUGGAAAGCUGAUAGAGGCAAUCUCAUCUAGUAAUAUGUCUACCUGCUUAAUUCUGUUACUAAUAUCCGUGGUCCAUCUAGGAGAGUACGUACGUAUACGCGUGUGUCACUGUCACCUCGCUCGCUCGUUUGUACAUCUCUAAGUCUAAUAUAUGGCUACCAUUUUCUUCAA